AUAUAACCUCCUCUGUGGAUGGUACUCGCAAAGCUAUGAGACACGACCUCAAAAACGUUUCUUCUAUUUGAAGAUGGCACCCAAUUGGACUCACCUUGUUCGUUUCGUCGCUGAAGAGGACGGUCAAGUCCAUUUAGGGCAGAUUGACCAUGAAGCUUGGCCUGACGUCGGCCUUUCUUUUGAGAAGGGAGAGAAGAUACAGGCAAGGCUCAUACAAGGAUGUGUCUUCGAUGGUGUUCUGACGGAAAGAUUCUUUACAGUCAAGCAACUGCUUGCUCCAUUGGCGAUGGAGCAGGUCCCUAUUAUCCGAUGCAUGGGACUCAACUACCGCGAUCACGCCAAAGAAGCGAACAUGCCUAUCCCCGAUGUACCAGUGCUAUUUAUAAAGCCACGAACCGCACUCAAUGGCCCCUACCCGGCGAAAGUCAACGUGCCCAAGAUCGCACAGGAUGGAACGAGCGACUACGAAGCAGAGCUGUCUAUCGUCAUUGCCAAGACUGGUCGUGAUAUCCCUCGAGAGAAAGCUCUCGACUACGUUUUAGGAUACACUGCAAGUAAUGACAUUAGCGCUCGGGCCCAGCAGUUCAAGAACAGCCAGUGGUGCUUCUCCAAGGGCCUGGAUGGUUCUUGUCCGAUCGGCCCAGUCUUGGUGUCUCCCUCGGCUUUGGGUGACCCGCAUAACCUUCGUAUUACAGCCACGUUGAAUAGCAAGACUGUGCAAGAUUCCAACACUAGAGAGAUGAUCUUUGAUGUUGCAAGCAUUAUAUCCUUCCUGUCCCAGGGCACGAUUUUGGAAAGAGGUACUAUCAUCAUGACGGGUACAGGGCCUGGAAUUGGUGCGAUGCGGAGUCCUCCUGUGUCGCUUAAGGAUGGGGAUGAUGUGCGGGUCUACGUAGAUGGAAUUGGAACGUUGAUCAACAAGGUCUGGUACGAGAAUUAGCGGCAUUCGACAAAAUUGAAGCCCCGCAACUUAGACUGCGUGCGGUUUUACCUCCGCAUCCACACUGGCGAAUCAUGUUUCUCUGAUAAAUAAUCUAACUGGUACUGUACAUAUCGUGGCUCAAUGGCGGUUGUCUAUGUCAUAACGAGAGAGUCAGGGGAAGCUGACAGAUGCACCGAAGAUGGUCCGCCUGAUUGCUUUAGUGUACCAGUCUAGUUCCAGACGAAAGGCGACAGGGGUAUGGAGUAUAUUCUCCGGGCGCGGGCAUUGACUUGAUAUUCUUAUGUUGGCGUAAAGAAAAGAGACUGAGGAGGAGCCGUGAAUAGACCUCACAAAAGAGUGUCGUUACG